UCCCUCUGUUUUCCGGAGUCAGGGGUGAAGGACUCACUAGAAAGAAGGAGUGUGCGUUUUCAUCAGCUCAAGUGCCAGGGGUAGUGUUUAUCAUCGUUCAUCCUCCUCUUUCUCUUUCCACUCCUCCCCUAGACCCCUCCCCCUAUUCCAUCUCUCUCUCUCUCUCUCUCUCUCUCUCUCUCUCUCUCUCUGGCGCUUUUCAUUCAAAGCUGCUGUCACUGCUGCUUUGCUCAGGCUCUUCUAGCCACAGCUUGCAGGAGAGCGCGAUGGAGAGAGUGCAAACGCUGGCUCCAGAAUUCCACCUGAACGAGAAGAGGACAAGGCUAGACUAGCACAGCAUCAAACUCUUGUGGAUGCAAUGUUGGAUUGGAUUGAGCCCAUUCCUGCUCAACUGGAUUCAGUCCAUGAGUACUGGAUCUGAUCCCUUAAGUGGAAAGUCCAGCUUUGGACAGAGGCUGCUGGAAGGCUUACAGUGCAUCGCUUUUGGCACUGGUGUGUCAGGUGUGAUGAAGAGUUGAGCAAAUUUGGGAUUUGCAUUCAAGCAAGCAAUAAGGAAUUGGAGCUUGGAUUUGUAGUGUAGUGCAUGAACCCCGGACAGGAUUGUCCAGUCGGCUCUAUGGAUGUGUUCGGAUUUUCAAAGAUGGCCAAACUGUCUGGCCAUAAGAAUAAAUCCACGGGCUGGCCUCCGCCCUCGGCCAGCUGGGCCGGACUGCAGGGAGCUACAUCAUAUGAAUGGGACAUGACCUCUGCACGUGACACCAGGGACUGCUUUAUCAACCAAGCGUCUCAGUCGAGCGGUUCUCUGGAAGAGAUGGGUGUUCAGGUCCUUCCUCCUGCUCCUCGUCGAGUCGAGAUGAGGAGAGAUCCUGUGCUGGGGUUCGGCUUUGUAGCUGGUAGUGAAAAACCUGUAGUGGUGCGCUCCGUCACGCCAGGAGGCCCAUCUGAAGGAAAGCUGAUUCCAGGAGAUGAGAUAAUAAUGAUCAAUGAAGAAGAAGUGGCCACAGUACCAAGAGAACGAGUCAUUGACCUUGUCAGGAGCUGUAAGGAAUCGAUCCUCUUGACUGUUGUACAGCCGUACCCUUCUCCCAAAUCAGCCUUUAUCAGCGCAGCCAAAAAAGCCAAACUGAAAUCAAACCCAGUGAAAGUGCGCUUCGCUGAGGAGGUCAUCAUUAACGGGCAGCUUCCGGAUUCUGUGAAGGACAACUCUCUGCUCUUCAUGCCAAAUGUCUUGAAAGUGUACUUGGAGAAUGGUCAGACCAAAUCCUUUCGCUUUGACAACAGCACAUCCAUUAAGGAUGUCAUUAUGACGCUGCAAGAGAAGCUGUCUAUCAAGUGCAUCGAGCAUUUCUCUCUCGUGCUGGAACAGAGGUUGGAGGACUACGGCAGCAGACUGCUCCUCCUGCAUGAACAGGAGAUGUUAAUCAUGGUUACACAGAGGCCAGGGUCACACAAAAUGAAAUGCUUUUUCAGAAUCAGCUUCGUACCAAAGGAUCCAGUCGACCUUCUCAGAAGGGAUGCAGUGGCUUUUGAAUAUCUCUAUGUCCAGAGCUGUAAUGACGUGGUUCGGGAGCGAUUUGGCCCUGAGCUGAAGUAUGACGCUGCUCUUCGUCUGGCUGCUCUGCAGAUGUACGUCCUCAGCCUCACCACACGGCCGACGCAGAAAUUCUCAAUGAAGUACAUCCAGAAGCAGUGGGGUUUGGCACAUUUCCUACCCCCUGCAGUGUUCUCCAGCAUGAAGGAGAAGAACAUCAAAAAAGCUCUGACUCACAUCCUGAAAACCAAUCAGAAUCUAGUAGCUCCUGGGAAGAAGUUAACCAUACUGCAAGCAAAGGUUCACUAUCUGAAGUAUCUCAGUGAUCUGAGAUUAUAUGGAGGACGAGUAUUUAAAUCUUUGCUACUGCAAGGGGAUAAGGAAACAGGUGUGACGUUACUUGUAGGACCGAGGUAUGGUAUCAGUCAUGUUAUCAAUGCCAAGACAAAUCUAGUGGCCCUCCUGGCAGACUUCAGCCAUGUUAACCGCAUUGAGAUACUCACAGAGGACGAAGUCAAUGUGCGGGUAGAACUCCAUGUUUUGGACGUCAAGCCCAUCACGUUAAUAAUGGAGUCCAGUGAUGCCAUGAAUCUGGCUUGCCUAACAGCUGGAUACUAUCGUCUUCUGGUGGACUCACGUCGCUCCAUUUUCAAUAUGGCCCACAGCAAUAGCAGUGGAGAAAUAGACAGUGGCCAAGAUCCUAGAGAACUUGAAUGGCCAUACAGCACCUCUUUGGGUACCUGUGAAGAUCUUAACAAUCAGGAGAUCAUUCCUUCUUAUCAGUCAGAAAUAGAUUACUCACAGGAACAAGCAAGAGAGGAGAGCAUAAGCUCUCCUUAUGUUCCAGAGCCCCUGCCUCCUCCAUACCCAGGCCACAGUGCAGAAAGGUCACAAGUUAGAAGCAAAAGUCCCCAACUUCCACCUCUUCUACCUGUAAGGCACCUACCCCAGGACUCUCCUCGGAGUGCCAAGGUGUCUUUUAUUUUCAGAGAUCCACUUGUAAACCCUCGGAACCUUGGUUAUCAACGUCUCAUGGAUGAGAGUCCUGAGUUGCUUGAACGGCCUGCUUUCAUUUCCAGCAGUGAUAUGGGCUUUGGCUCUCCAGAUGGAGCACCAUUUCAAAUUAGGCCUCAUGUAAUCUAUAGCAACAUUGGUGAGGGGAAAAUCUUUGACAAUGCUGAAGGUAUUGAAGAACCUCUCUUACGUGAUUUAUGCUAUGCUGAGACCACUGAUGAUGUGGAGGAUGAGGAUGAGGCUAGCUGUGAAGAGGACACACCUGCAAUACCUGGAGAGGGUGAAGCUGGGCUGCCAUCCGGCAAGAUAACAUUUCUCACUCUUUCUGGCUCUAGUGAUGAUAUUAUAGAUUUAACUGCACUUCCUCCUCCAGAAGGAGAUGAUGAUGAGGAUGAAAAUGAUGCAAUUCUGCUUUCCCUCAACAUGGCCAUUGCUGCGCCUCCUCCUGGAUUCAGGGACAGUUCAGAUGAAGAGGGAGCAGAGAGCAAAAGUCGUCGACAAAGUUGCUGUGACAAUGACAGCAUUCCUGUAUCACUGAUUGAUGCUAUCCCUACAAAUGUUGAGGGCAAUAGUGUCAGAAUCUUGGAUCAUACUGUUGUGGACACACUGCAAGCAAUAGAAGCACUUGCUGUAUCUGAGGAAACAACCCAGUCUCAGUCUAACAGCAUUGCAGGAACUGGCAUAUCACGUGCUUUUAGUCCAGAGUCCUCAUCAGAUUCAGGGAAUGAGACCAAUUCUUCAGAGAUGACCGAGAGCUCAGAACAAACUGCAGCCCACAGGCUGUCUGAGAAUGCUAUGCGUCUUCUGGUGGCAACCACAGAGGGAUACCAGCCCCUUCAGGAGGAAAAGACAGAAUUCCCUGUCUCCCCUUGCACCAGAGCGUCUAUUCCUAAGCCACCACGCAGUCCCUCAAGACGCAAAGACUUGGCAGUUCAACCAACAACAGUGCCUUCAAAGCAUAACCUACCUUCUUCUGAUAAUCCAGAGACAGAGCCUGAGGCAAAGGCAGAUAAGUCCUUGGGUAAAUAUCUGGUCAAAUCUCACUCAAGCACGCUUUUGAAUACUGGAAAGCGAUUGAAAGCAAUGGCGACUGAGGGAAGACGAAUAAAAAAAAAUAAAGAUGCACCAGGCAAAUAUAACACCUUCAGUGGAAGAGAAAGCAAUAGAAGAAGACAACUGGUUGUGAAAGAAUUCUGUGAAAGAUUUCAAGGGCUACAGUCCCCAACAGAAAACGAGCCUUCAGGCAGUCAGGUUACAGAAUCUCGAGGUUCAAGAGAGGAUCUAACUGGCAGCAAUAUUAGUCUCCCAACAAAGAAGCUACAGGAUACUGAACAGACUGAAACCUAUAAGGAUGAUCAACAGAUUCUUCCGCCAUUACGACAAGGAAUGGCACGACUGUGUGAGUACCACCUCGCCAAACGUAUUUCUUCUUUGCAGAAUGAAGCUCUGAGUUCCCGUCAGAGUUCCCAAUCCUCGUCUCUGGAUGUUGGUGGCAGUACAGGAAGUAGUGCUUCUGCAACGCCAGUGGACUCCCCACAUUGUGCCACUGACUGCAAGAGCUCUUUCUCUGGAUCUUCCUCCUCCCUCAUGCUCACAUCAAGGGACCUUCACCCUCAUGCAGAUGCUGCUCUCUUGAGGAAGAUGCUGCCAAAUGUACAUCCUCCGGGAUCAAAUCCACCCCUCAGUGUCCGACCAUCCAAAAUCAAGGAAACUACAGGUACAGCUCGAAGGAGCAACCUUCUAAGUGAUCUGCAUGAAAAACAUGGCAGUGCAAAAAGUAUUAACACAAAGGAGGGGAGUGAGGCUUAUAGGCAGUUGAUAAACUAUCUAACAGUCAGCCAGAUGCACCAGGGGGGCAAACUCUUUAGGGCAGAACUUGGGGGAAGCAAAAAGCAAAAGCGUAUGACAAACCCUUCAUUUUUAUUAGACAAGUUUAAAGGUAAAGGGAACAUUAUUAUCAAGUGCCCCUGCAUGCCACCUUCUCCUUCACUCCUUGUCAGCACAACCCCCAGUGCAGAUUCUCACAGAGUCCCAAAAAUAUACCACUCAACAACUUUGCCUGCUAAAUUCAAGAGGAGUCCUGAUUUGCAUGCUCAGAGACCUGUCAGCAACCUUGAUGUAAGGCCUAAUCAUUCUGAAAGAAGAAGGUCAUAUUCUGGCCUCAAUUGUGAGUUAGAGCAAAAUUUUAAUCUUGAUCAAUUCUCAUCUUUAAAUAGGAACCACAGUGAAGGGAUACCUCAUGCAAGCACAGAUGACUUGCUCAUGUCUGACUGCAAGAUGACGCUUGCUGUCCAACAGACGCUUAAUGAUUCUUUUUGUCUCUCUAGUGUAGCUGGCACAGAAGACCGCGGAAUGCUGUUGAGAGGAGAAGGAGACUCACCUGCUAAUUUACCAAGGCACAUCAAAACCUAUGCUGUCCCUCUACCACCUCCACCACCACCGCCACCACUAUCACUUCCACCACCACCAACAUUACCUCCUCCACCUAAAUCAUGUCUGUCAAAGAGCACCAGUUACAUUGGCCCAACACAAGAAUCAUUUGUUCCUCUUAGACAGAACCAUCUAAGUUCUCAAGGGUUAAAUCAAUAUGACACCAAUAGUCCAAAUCGUGGCAGAGAGAUAAGAAGAAGUACCAGUAUUAUAACUGCUGGCUCUGGAAAUAUUGAUGCACUGAUGGAGAAAUCAAGAGCACCAUCACUGGGCAGGAUUCAGCAAGACCACUUGCAUGCAACUGAGCCACAACUACAAAGAAGGACUCCCAAGAAUAAGCUGUCAAAAAGCUACUCACAAGGUUCUGUAGCAUCCCAGACCAUGGGUUGGUCUGUAAGCAACAGGGACAGCAAAACAGAUUGUGCAAUUUUUCCAGUACAAAAGGAUACAAAGCAGAUAAGAUCUGCACAGAAGCUGGAUAUAAAUCCCUGGACCUGCAAUGGUCCAUUCAGUUACUGUUUCUUUAAAAAGAAAAACCAGUCAGUGGAGGAUGAAGGGGGCAUAGGCGAUGGUUUAAGAAGGCAGCUUUGUGGCUUGGAUGAACCAGGACCCUCUCAAUACAACCCUGACUCUUGUGUUCUAGACACAACAGGAGAGCAGCUAUAUGCAGAAGUUCUGAACAACAUGACCUUUGGGGACAGAUUGCUUCGCAUUAAUGCCCUGAAAGAACACACGUAUGCAUACCCUGCUGUUUUUACUGAUGUUCGAAGAGAUGCGAGUGAGCUGAUUGCUGUGGUACGUUCUAGUGUGGGCAGAAGUGACAGAGGAACCCCACCCAUGCAGACAGAGGAGCUGGCACAGUACAAGCACUUGCUAGCAAUCGAAUCUAAAGCACUUGGGCAGGCAUGCCGCAGGAUGGCUCAAGCACAUGGCAGCCCAGAGGAGAUGUUGCUGGCAGUCAGUUCCAGUUUUCAGGUGCUUUGCAGCUUAUCUGAGAUCUGCAUGUGCUUGGUUCGUGGCCUGGGUGCUUCAGCCAGUCAGCAACAGCGUGAGGUUGUGGCCAAGGUUGAUGAGGUGGUAAUGAACUACAUGUGCUUGCUUCGGGCAGCUGAGGGAGCCUCAGGUAGUGCUCCUGGGGACCAAAGUGUUAAAACACUUGAUCGCCAUUCUAGCACCAUGUCAGCUAUCAUCAACACUCUCACCCGCUCUCUGAAAACACUGCUCAACAAGUAGGCCUCUUCUGAGUCAACCUUUUAUUUGCAAAGCCAUAAAUGGACACCGGGGUUGAAUAAAAACCCUAAAGUAAUCGACUGUAACGAAUACUCCUAUGGUGUGCAUAUUUAUUUUUUAUGUUAGAAUGUAUAUACAAACAAAUUAUAGAACUUUUUAAGGAGCUUUAAAAUGACUAUUCAUGUAUCCUAAAUAUCUUAUAAUGCUGUAAUGUCCCAUAUUGCAGUUUAAAACUAGAGGAUCAGUGUAGAGGAUUUUGCUAAAGAGUUGUAAUACUUAGUAUUUAAACUGGCUUCAUAUUGCAAAUAACUAAAUUGCUUUUUUUUUUAACUCAUUCUGUUUAAUUUUAUUUAUUACUUGAGCAAAAUAAAUAACGUGAGCAACAACAUAUUGAAAAGUAGAAAAAAUAUUUACUUAUAAAAUGAUUUUCAAAAUUAUAAGGAUUAAUAAUAGUUUGAAUUGUUUAUUUUGUAUUUUCUGAUAUUAUACUUCCUGAGAUUAUAUGUAAAAAUGAUUUCAAAGGCAUUAGUUACCCCAGUAUAAUUAAGGAUUAUACACAUAAUCAUGACAGUCCUUCAUUUUUAAUCUCCAGAAUACAAUAAAGUGUUUAAAGGGUUGAAGGAUUAUCUGUUUUAUUAACACAUUCAUUGAAUGGUCAUUUGAUCUGCUUACUCAUCCCGUAAGCUAAACCUUUUGCACCACUGUUAUGACAUAAAUUCCCAACGAUGUAAAUUUAAUAGGUAAUAAUGUUUGGAUUCACACUUUUCAUUUGGAACUAUUUACCUAAUUUGAGAAUGCUCCAUUACUGAUCACAAUUUGCAACACAUCAUUUCCUAUCGUCCAGAUAGCUACUUCUAGCUUCAGUAAAUGUACAUCACAAACACUGAUUGACUGUAGCUGACAAUUCUCGUUCAGAGAAAUGUCCACGUGUCAAUUAAUAAGCCUAAGUGACGAGACCAUAUGAUAAUCACAUGACCUAAGAAGUGUCAUGUCAAAAAUGGUAAGAUUUAAGGCUGUGUAUGUGUCAGGAUUAAAAGUAUAAUAAUCUAAUUGGAAUGUAAUAGUAUGUAUGACAUGCAAUAAAAUAAGUAUUAACUGUUGUUAUUGGAAAGAGAAUGAAUUAUUAUGAAGUAUUAAAACAUGCAUUAUUAUUAUUAUUAUUAUUAUUAUUAUUAUUAUUAUUAUUAUUAUUAUUAUUAUUAUUAUUAUUAUUAUUAUGUUUCAGACAACUCCCUCAAUAUAAAAACUAGGCGAUUUUUAUUUUUCAUCACCUGACCAUAUAAACCAAAGCAGAAACUAUGCUAAAUGGUUGGUCAUGUCUACUUUUGGGUAUGAUGGCUACAUUAUAUCAUUAAACAUCUACACAAUAGUUCAAAAUGUCUAAUUGCAUAAUUUCAGCCUAAACGUAUCACCACAUGCAUUUUCACAGCAUUAAGUAUGAGAGUCUCAUAAGAAAGGUCCUUGUUGAACAGCCUGCUUGUUGGCUAGCCCAGUGUUAGCUAGUUUGCAAACAUGCUCUAGUUCUCUAUCAAAGCUCACUGAGACUUUGACUGUUAAGAGCAUAUAGAUUUUCUACCAGUGACUUCAAAGUCAUGUCAUUUCAUUCUAUACUUUAGCUAUGUACGACGCUCCUACAAUGAUACUGAUAUUGACAUUGAAAUUAAGAAAUGCCAGAUUUGCUAAAUCACAAGACAGCCAACAGAUCUUGGAGAACGUUCCAUAUCAUGUGAUUUUAUGCUUGUUUUAUGUGGUAAUGCAACAUUUUACACUUCAUUCAUUUUCAUUAAACACUUCAUCCCAUUGGAGUCCAAGAAGCGUAUUAUGGGAACACUGGGUGUUAGACAAAAAAUUCCUUGGAAUAAUCCAGUCAUAGCAGGGUAUCACACACACACACACAUGUAGGUGUCCUUUAGAAUCGCCAAUCCACCAAACAGCAUGUUUUAAAAACGUGUGAAGAACCUGGAACACAUGGAGGAAACCUACGUGGACACAGAGAUUACAUGUAAAACACCACACAGACAGUAACACAGUAAUCUACGCUCAGGAUUGAUCUGCGGACCCUGGAGGAGCUCGGAAGCAGCACCACUACUUUUUACACCGUUACUGUGCUGUGCUAUCAUGCCUUUACUGUGUAGAUACACAUGAUUAUUAAAUCACACUUGGUUUUAUAUGAGCAGUCUUUAUGGAAUGUAACAUACGCAUAAAUAUGUAGCAUCUUUAUUCAACUGUCAAAUCAUUUAUUUUCCAUAAAAUGUUAGCUAAUAUUUGUUUUGGUUCAUGUGUUGCAGCUGGCUAGUUUGGCUAUUAGCUAGCGAACAAAGAUGAAACUAAAGACAAAUUUGUAGUAAAUGGUUAAUGCUGGUUCACUAUUUGCACACAAGGUAAAUUUGUAUGUGAUUGCAGCAUCCUGUAUACGGGUUAUCUGGAUAAAGUUACUGAAUGAAUGAAUUUAUUCUAAAGUGCAAAUAAAAGGAAGAA